AUGGACAAGAAGCAAGAUUCCAAAGGAUCCUUGGAGCCGCACAAACCGGUGAAAAGCAAGAAGAAAUGCGAUCUGAGGAUAACAUGUAUCCCCGUCAAACAGCCUGUUGCCCACACAACGCCCCCGAGGAACUUGGACUCCAGAGCGUUCAUUACCAUUGGAGAUAAAAACUUCGAGGUGGAAGCUGAUGACCUGGUGGCAAUUUCAGAGCUGGGCCGUGGGGCCUACGGCGUGGUGGAGAAAGUCCGGCACGCGCAGAGCGGCACCAUCAUGGCCGUGAAGAGAAUUCGAGCGACUGUGAACACUCAGGAGCAGAAGAGGUUAUUGAUGGACUUGGACAUCUCCAUGAGGACAGUUGACUGCUUCUACACCGUCACCUUCUACGGAGCCCUCUUCCGUGAGGGCGACGUGUGGAUCUGCAUGGAGCUCAUGGACACUUCGCUAGAUAAAUUUUACAAGAAAGUACUGGAGAAGAAGAAAACCAUCCCUGAAGACAUUUUGGGGAAAAUGGCCGUGUCUAUUGUACGAGCUCUGGAGCAUCUGCACAGUAAACUGUCCGUAAUCCAUAGAGAUGUGAAACCUUCCAAUGUGCUGAUCAACAAGGAAGGACAUGUGAAAAUGUGCGAUUUUGGGAUCAGCGGCUACUUGGUGGAUUCGGUUGCGAAGACCAUGGAUGCCGGCUGCAAACCGUACAUGGCUCCAGAAAGAAUAAACCCUGAGCUGAACCAGAAGGGCUACAACGUGAAGUCGGACGUCUGGAGUCUGGGGAUCACAAUGAUCGAACUGGCCAUUCUUCGCUUCCCAUACGAGUCCUGGGGGACCCCCUUCCAACAGCUCAAGCAAGUGGUGGAGGAGCCUUCGCCCCAGCUGCCCACUGAUCGCUUCUCCAAGGAGUUUGUGGACUUCACGGCGCAGUGCUUAAGGAAGAACCCUGCCGAGCGAAUGAACUAUUUAGAACUUAUGGAACACCCUUUCUUUACCUUGCACGACACCAAAGAGACUGACAUGGCCUCCUUUGUGACCGAGAUCCUCGGGGAAGACUCCUAA